CGCCCGUCCCCGUCACGUGUUCCUCCCGCUGGGCCUCCGCGCUGCUCCCCUCUCCCGGUCCUCCCCACCUCGGGCGUGCGAGAGCCGGGCGCAUGCGCAGCGCGCAGCUGUCAUCGGCGCACGGAAGAAGCCGUCCCGGGGAGAACGAGGGGCAGAAGGUUGGGAGUGUUCGCUGGGUCCGGGCGGGACGGGGCACAGCGUGUAUCCGCGUCGCUCCGCUGCGGUCGCCGGAGCCUUUUCUGUCGGACAGCUGGAUUGGAAGUGAACCAGGAUGGCGACGGUCACGUCUGAUAGUCCUCCAAACCCAAGCUGCAAAAUCAUGACUUUUAGGCCUUCAAUGGAUGAAUUCAGGGAGUUCAACAAAUACUUAGCAUACAUGGAAUCGCAAGGUGCUCACAGGGCUGGAGUUGCAAAGGUUAUCCCACCAAAAGAAUGGAAGCCAAGAAAACAUUAUGAUGACAUUGAAGAUUUGGUGAUUCCUGCUCCAAUUCAGCAGAUGGUCACUGGACAGUCGGGGCUCUUCACACAAUAUAACAUUCAGAAAAAGCCAAUGACAGUGAAAGAAUUCAAGCAGCUGGCCAACAGUGACAAAUACUGCACCCCAAGAUACAUAGAUUAUGAAGAUCUGGAGCGUAAAUACUGGAAGAACUUGACUUUUGUGGCACCAAUUUAUGGAGCAGAUAUCAAUGGGAGCAUUUAUGAUAAAGGUAUUGAGGAAUGGAAUAUUGCUCAUCUUAAUACAAUAUUGGAUGUUGUAGGAGAAGACUGUGGAAUUUCUAUUGAGGGUGUAAAUACCCCAUAUCUGUAUUUUGGCAUGUGGAAAACAACGUUUGCAUGGCACACUGAAGAUAUGGAUCUCUACAGCAUUAAUUAUCUCCAUUUUGGGGAGCCGAAGUCAUGGUAUGCAAUUCCUCCAGAGCAUGGGAAGCGGCUUGAACGAUUGGCUCAAGGGUUCUUCCCAAGCAGCUCUCAUGGAUGUAAUGCUUUUCUUCGCCACAAGAUGACUCUGAUUUCUCCCUCAAUACUGAAAAAGUACGGAAUUCCUUUCGACAAGGUUACACAAGAAGCAGGGGAAUUCAUGAUCACUUUCCCAUACGGAUACCAUGCGGGAUUUAACCAUGGCUUCAACUGUGCAGAGUCAACGAACUUUGCAACCAUCAGAUGGAUUGAUUAUGGAAAAGCAGCAAAGUUGGUAAGUCACUGCAGAGGACUGUUGUGAAAGGGAUUUCUGUUG